AUGCACAGGCUCGAAAACGCGUACUGUCAACUCCCUCUGCCCCUGCCACUAAGUCCUUCCAAGGUUUUUGCCCUGAGUCUCAGCAAGGUCAAGCGUCCAGGGUUGGUGCAGAGGGGCAUUCUUGAACAAGUCUCAUCCACUGCGGAGUGUCAGCCACCCGGCCCGUCCAUCUAUCCAACCACACGUUCCCUCCUGUCUGAAGCGUUGGCAAUGCUGUCCUUCCUUGACCUCCCUGACCUGGCCAUUUUUCUCAUUCACUCUCGCUUCCUUUUCGCCCUCCAAACACAUCACACUCUACGGGAACAACAGGCAUCUGACUUCGCCUGUGAUUCUGCAGAAGAUUGUUCUCCCUUUUUUCUUUCUCUCGCUGAUCUCUCUCAGACCACCACUCGUUUGUUUUAUAUCUGUCGUUUGCCGUUCGCACGUUCAUUUGCCACUGCCAAUUCGUUGUUCCAAAACACUACACUCAAACGCUUAACGUUCGGUUCAGGCCUGUUGAGGCGCUCUCUAUAA